AUGGAAACUCCUCCGUCGCAGCAAGGCGUAGUAAAGAAGAAGGAAACGCGAGGGCGAAAACCUAAACCAAAAGACGAUCAACAACAACAAACAUCUGCCAAGACACUGAAAGAAGCGAAAAAGGCGCAACUACUACAACAGCAACAACAGCAACAACAGCAACAGCAGCAACAACAACAACACCAAGCUUCCGUAGACGAGAAAUACACCCAAUGGAAGUCUCUCGUUCCCGUUCUCUACGAUUGGCUUGCGAAUCAUAACCUCGUUUGGCCUUCUCUCUCUUGCAGGUGGGGUCCUCAGCUUGAACAAGCUACUUAUAAGAAUCGGCAGAGGCUUUAUCUUUCCGAGCAGACUGAUGGUAGUGUCCCGAAUACCUUGGUGAUUGCGAAUUGUGAGGUUGUGAAAACUAGGGUUGCAGCUGCAGAGCACAUUUCACAGUUUAAUGAAGAGGCUCGCUCUCCAUUUGUGAAGAAGUACAAGACCAUAAUACAUCCGGGCGAGGUGAACAGAAUUAGGGAAUUGCCGCAAAAUUCUAAGAUAGUGGCUACUCACACAGACAGCCCUGAUGUUCUCAUUUGGGAUGUUGAAAGUCAACCUAACCGUCAUGCUGUCCUUGGAGCUACAAACUCUCGUCCAGAUUUGAUAUUGACCGGACACCAAGACAAUGCUGAGUUUGCUCUUGCAAUGUGCCCAACUGAGCCUUAUGUCCUUUCAGGAGGAAAAGAUAAAACAGUGGUGUUGUGGAGUAUUGAAGACCAUGUAACAUCUGCGGCUACGGACAAAUCUGGUGGAUCCAUUAUCAAACCGAACUCUAAAUCUGGGGAAGGCAAUGAUAAAACUGUUGAUAGCCCUUCUGUCGGGCCAAGAGGUAUCUACUCUGGGCACGAUGAUACUGUUGAAGAUGUGGCCUUUUGCCCUUCUAGUGCACAGGAAUUCUGUAGUGUUGGAGAUGAUUCUUGUCUCAUAUUAUGGGAUGCACGUGUUGGCUCUAGUCCUGUUGUUAAGGUUGAAAAAGCUCACAAUGCCGAUCUUCACUGUGUUGACUGGAAUCCCCAUGAUGAUAAUCUGAUUCUUACUGGGUCGGCAGAUAAUUCUGUUCGCUUGUUUGAUCGGCGCAAUCUCACCUCUAAUGGGGUUGGGUCUCCUAUUCAUAAAUUUGAGGCUCAUAAAGCUGCUGUUCUUUGUGUUCAGUGGUCUCCAGACAAAUCAUCUGUAUUUGGAAGUUCAGCAGAAGACGGUCUCUUAAACAUUUGGGAUUAUGAGAAGGUUGGUAAAAAGAUUGAGCGAGCUGGAAAAAUAAUAAACUCUCCUCCAGGGUUGUUUUUCCAACAUGCUGGUCAUAGAGACAAAGUUGUUGACUUCCACUGGAAUGCUUAUGAUCCAUGGACAAUUGUAAGUGUGUCUGAUGAUUGUGAAAGUACUGGUGGAGGGGGAACAUUGCAGAUAUGGCGCAUGAGUGAUUUGCUCUAUAGACCAGAGGAUGAGGUUUUGGCAGAGUUGGAGAAAUUCAAAUCUCACGUGGUGGCUUGUGCUGCAAAGACCGAUACAUAA